UAAAAAAGCCUUAAGAACAGCGAUAGUUUGUUCCAAAUUAGUCAACGGCUAGAGGCGAAGGAGAAAAAGGUAUCCUUAAAAUGUUGAUGGGUGAAGAGCCACCGACUUACAAGCCUAAUGGGACCCUGGCCAAGAAGUCUAGGAAGGCGAGGUCGCGUGGAAAGGCGGGUUGGGCGAUACCAUCUUAGGCGAGGGGUGGAGGGCGAUACCACUUUAAGUACUGGGGGGUGGCAACGAGUCGAGAAGGAAAGCGUGGCAGGGCUUGCCGGAAGAAUUGGGUUGUACUGGGCAGUCGUCCGUGUCUGCCAUGAGCGGUCCAGUGCGAACUGAGCCUCUGCACGGUGAGACCCCUCUGCUGGCGACCAGCGACUCCCACUCGGUGAUGGUUCUGCAGCGCGGCUUUGCGGAGCCGCAGGGGACGGGCGACGCGGUCCGUGCUGAUGGCACUGUGACCCUCGUCCUGCCCCGGGCCUGGGCUUCGGGUUCCAGCCGCCCAAUGGCCCCGUCCGCAGACGGCGGCACGAAGACUGCCCUGGAGGAGGCGGUGCGUGGCCCCAUUCUCGUGGACACCGGGGGCCCCUGGGCUCGGGAGGCGCUGCUGGAAGCCCUCGCUAGGCAUGGCGUGGCCCCCGGAGACGUGACUCUGGUGGUGGGAACCCACGGGCACUCAGAUCACAUCGGGAACCUAGGGCUGUUUCUCCAGGCGGCUCUGUUAGUGUCCCAUGACUUCUGCCUUCCCGGGGGCCUCUAUCUGCCUCAUGGGCUGUGUGAAACGCAGCCCUUGAUACUAGGCUCCGGAUUGCAGGUGUGGGCCACGCCGGGCCACGGAGGACAGCGCGAUGUGAGCGUCGUAGUGGAGGGCACCAGCCUGGGCACCGUGGUGGUGGCUGGCGAUGUGUUCGAGCGCCUUGGGGACGAGGACUCUUGGCAGGCCCUGAGCGAAGACCCAGUAGCUCAGCAACGGAGCCGGGAGAGGAUCCUGGGUGUGGCUGAUGUGGUGGUGCCUGGUCACGGAGCCCCCUUUCGGGUGGUCAGGGAAGCAGUGAAGAGAACGGAGGAUUUGGUUUGUGAAGAUAAGGAAGCUACUUAACUAGACUCCCUCCCAUCAAGAAAGUCCUUCCAGCGAGGAACUGGAGUCCAGGAAGCCGAAAGGACACAGGCAGAGCAAGCAAGGCUUGUCACGUUCAGCCUUUGCAGGAGGCAGCUUCCAAACAAGACGGAAUGACUGACAUCAACCACCUUUAUCACUGUCUACAACCUAAGGAGGACGAAGGACUAGGUCAGCCCUGCAUCCUCUGUGAGCUUCUGUAAAACACAGGAAAAAAUUUUUUUCUUUUCUUUUUUUCAGAGAAAAUAUUUUUUUUAAUUAAAAUAUUGAUUUGGGGUG